CACACUCGCACUCAUAUCACCGCGAGUGCUGUGAAGACAUGAUUCAAACAUUCACACUCUGGAUUUUUCAAGUAGCCCAUUCCACAAGCUGACCAGUCUGAGGGAAAACCGCCUUCGCCGUGUUUGUAAUUCCCAUGUUCCUCGAUCGUAUUAUUCAGGGCUCAUGGGCACUCUCAGAGAUCUUCAGUUCGCACUUCAGUUGAAGAUUGAGGAGUUACGGCAAAGAGAUGCUCUUAUCGACGAGCUGGAGCUUGAACUGGACGCUAAAGAUGAUCUGAUACGACGCCUGCAGGGGGAGCUCGACCGUCUGCGCCUCUCCGCUCCAGGCAUCUCAGCCUCAGCUGCCACUGCUGCCGGUACCAUUCUUUUACAGUCUAUGGCUGGUCAACAACGUGCUUCUUCCCUGAGAGUGAGGAGAAAAGCACUGGUUACCGAUUCAGUAACCAUGGAGCCAAAACUAGACUUACAAAACCCUCCAAUCAGCCAUAGCAAGAGUGAAGAGUCAAAGAGGCUGAUAGAAUCAGCUUUAGCAGAAAAUGAAUGCAUGAAAUAUUUAGAUAGGGAUCAGAUGCUGUGUUUGGUGGAUUCUGCCUAUCCCAUCACGCUCAAACAGGGUGUGUGUUUUGUCAAGGAAGGGGAUAAUGGAACCCAGGCUUACAUUGUUGAAGAGGGAAAACUGGAGGUAUCCAGGGCUGGCCAGAGGCUGCACAUCAUUGAGCCGGGAAUGAUGUUUGAAGAACUGGGCCUCAUUCAUAACCACACCUGCUCUACUACUGUCACAGCUCUUGUGAACAGCAGGCUGUGGGUGAUGGAGGGUCAAGUGUUUCAGAGGGUCAUGCAGAGAAGAAGCCUGAUCACCAUCACUCAGUCUCUGCAAUUCCUGCGCAGUGUCCCACUGCUCUCUGUGUUACCGGAUGAUGUUUUCAAUAAAGUGUCUGAUGCACUGGAGGAGACUCACUACAGUGAUGGUGAAUAUAUCAUUCAAAAUGGAAGUCCAGAAGAUAAACUCUUCAUUUUUUGUCAAGGCCAGGUGAAAGUAUUCGAGAAACAAUCAGCUAAUGAGGAGAACGUGAUGGUGUGUGUCCUCACCAGAGGGGACUGUUUUGGAGACCGCGCUCCACGAGGAGACGACAUGAGGUCGAUGAGUGUUCUUGCCUCAGGCGAUGUGACAUGUCUGGUCAUGGACAAAGAGUUUUUCAAAAACGUAACUGGAGGCUUAGACGAUGCUAGAGACAAUCCUAGCAACAAGGCCAGAUCGAGGGCAGAGGAAGAUGGGACUGCGUUUGGGGAAAUGUCUCUUAGCAGUUUUCAAGUGCUGUGUAAUCUGGGGGAAGGACAGUACAGUCACACUCAGCUCGUGCUUUUAAAGAGUGACCCCAGCUGUAAGUUUGCAUUAAAGUCCAUACGAAAGCAGGCGAUACAGAGGCCAGGCCAAAGAGAGAGGAUGCUCUCGGAGAAACACAUCCUGAUGGAUCUCCAAAGUCCAUUUAUAGUAAGGUUGUAUUGUACCUUUAAAGAUCCUCGGUUCCUGUAUAUGCUGAUGGAGGCUUGUGAAGGGGGAGAUCUGUGGAUUUUACUGAGAGACAGGGGGUCACUGGAAGAAGAUGCCGUCCGCUUCUACGCAGCAUGUGUUCUGGAAGCUCUCAGUGUAUUACACGGCAAAGGCAUUGUUCACAGAGACCUGAAACCUGAAAAUGUGCUACUGGACCAACGUGGAUAUGCUAAACUGACAGGGUUUGGUUGUGCUAAGAAGCUGGCCUCUUUGCACAGGGCCUGGUCAUUCUGUGGGUCUGUGGGUUAUCAGCCUCCAGAGGUCAUUCUGCAUCAAGGUCACGGCCUGUCUGCAGAUCUCUGGGCUUUAGGGAUGUUGCUGUAUGAACUGCUCAGUAGCAGACCCCUGUUCUCUGGCUCAGAGCCGCUGAAGGUUUAUACGGCAGCACUGAAGGGAACAGAUGAGCUAGAGUUCCCCAAAACCAUCAGCAGGACUGCAGCACAUCUCAUCAAGAGCCUCUGCAGGCUGAACCCCUUAGAGAGACUGGGACAGAGGAACGGGGUCAAGGACAUCUGCAAACACAUGUGGUUUGAAGGCUUCGACUGGGAAGGACUUCGCAAGGGCACAUUGACUCCCCCAGUAAUACCAAACGUUCGCUCUGUCUCUGAUCACGGAGGACCAGCUCUCCUGGAUGAAACCCACAUUGAAGAAGCAUCAUUGGAAGAUUCUGUCUAUGAUAUAGAUUUUUGAUUUGUACCAUGGCUAUAUGGAUGAUGUAAAUUGAAAAUAAUAAUAAUAAUUGGAUUCUGGUGUUAAUUGUGCAUUAACUUUGCAGUUGGUUAUUUACUUAAUUUAUUCUGAGUUGAAAACCAAUGCAGACAACACUACAAAGCUCCAGGACUUCAUAAUCAAUGAUUUACUUGAAAUAUGUCUCCGAAAAAUGCAAUUGUACAUGAUCCCGCGUGAAAACAAUUUUAAAGAAUGCUACAGAUUUUUUUUAAGGAUUCCAUCUUUUACAACAUGUUUACAUUUAACAUUUUUCUGCACAUUUUUGCCGAUUAAAAUCCAUUCAUUUCAAUAUGAAUCCACACAAUCGCAAAUUUUGCAUGAAGGCGAAGUGUUUCCCCAUGCAGAUUUCGCCACAGGUUACAUUUUGAUUCGUUAGCCUACAUUGUCCAACAGAAAACUUCUAGUUCCUCUGAGAUUUCCUUUAACUGCCCGAAAGCUGAACAUUAUUCCAGUAUUAAACUGGGUUCUACCGGAUAUUUGAAAAUACAUUAUUAAUCUCCAUACUCGCCCAGUUUUAAAAUGCCAGUUUGAACUGUAAAAGCACUGCAAAAUAAAAGAAAGAAAAAGAUCACAA